AUGCCGAAAGUCUCAUCUAUUUGCCAACAGUCGAGAGACUCAAGCGAUUACCAACUAUCCCUCGACUCUACGAAAAAUGAUGAAUACACUCCUCCAAAUGAGACACCGACCCAGAACUCUAGAAAUAUCAUUAACUUAGGCCCUAAGUUCCCGAUUAUUGGUGCUGCAUGCUUUGCACGAUAUGGUCCACAUCAUUUAGUUGCAGAUUUGGGGGAUUAUAUCACGAAAACCUACUACGAUGGCAUGCCUCCUCCACAGACGCGUCCGAUAUUCGACCAAAGGAUCGGGCAUUUCAGGCCACAGCUCCAAAAUGAUAGAAUUAAUCGGAUAAUUCUGUACACGGGUUGCUUCAACCCUCCACAUCGCGGCCACCAGGAAGUCUUGAACCUCACGUUCUCGUGUACUCAAGAUCUCAAUGUCAUCGCCGCGAUCGUUCUUCCUAUAAGCGAAAAAGGCAUCAAAAAGAAGGAAUAUGGGGAUCGCGUAUACUUCUCGGCGACUCAGAGAGCCCGGCUAUGGACAGGAGUUGAUGGGCCACAUGAAUGGCUUUGGGUGUAUGACCGGGAUGGGGGGACGUCGAAGUUCCGUGAUAAUCUACGUAGAAAUAUCAUGAGGGGUGGAUUUUCUAUGGAAUAUAUACAACUAUAUGGGCCAGACCACGUGGGACAAGCAUGUGAGCCGAAAUUCCGAGAUUAUAUUCGACACAUAGUUGUCUGUAAUGCCGGAAGGAAAGCCGACUUUAUACACGAAGACGGGUUGCUGGCCCCCCUCUCAGGCUGCGAAUCCUGGAAGGAGCUUUCUCACUUGGAGAAAAGAGCAAUGCCAAAGGCGAAGGACACAGCAGAUUGGCUUCUUGGUUCGUUGUCAUUUACAAUGAUGAAGCAAGGUGAGUUAAACCCCUAA